AUGUGUAGUCUAGCUGAUACCUGCGAGGGACUGUCCAGCGAAAACACGGCCCUAAGAGUAGAAUGUGAAGCCCAGGAAGCCGAAAUAGCACAGCUUCGACAUUUUAUUCAGUUGUCUGUCACAAAACCUGAUCUUUAUCCUGGUCAACAGCGUGUUAAGCUUAAUAAAGGUCUCAACGUGUUUCCUGAAAAGGCGUGGCAGCAGUUGAAUAGUGAGACACCACACAUUGAUGAAGCCGCUGUGAUUUCCGCCCUACAAGAGCAGCUGAAUACUAAAAACAAGCAAUUGAGUGAAUGCCUACAGGAAAUUGCGGAUCUUAAGAAUUGCUUCAAGGAUGACACCUCGGGUUGCACAAAUACACACGACGAGAAUACAGCCCAUCUCUUGUCCCAGAUCAAUUUUUUGCACAAUGAAGUUGAUCGACUAGAGCAACAGGUGGCAACUGUUCGUGCAGAGGGUGCGAGAGAGGCACGUACUCUUGCCGGGGAAUUUAAUGAAAAGCUUGACCAGAAGGAAAAGGAGAGUCGCGCUGCUACUGAACAGCCAAGGGCAAGAAAAAAACGAGGUACUGAAGGAGAGGACCUUGUUGUCCGUUGCAAAACGCUUGAAAAUCAGCUUGCUAUUGCCCUGUCAGAAAAAAAUUCCUUGCUUAUCGAGAAGAAUGAACAUUGUACAAGGAUCCGAAAACUCGAGGCAACCCUGAAAGAACGUAGAUCCGAAGUUUCAGAAGUUCAGAAGUUGGCAUCACAUGAAUCUGUGGCGACUGGAAUACAAAUUAGGAGCCUGCAGGAAGUCAUUCAGGUGUUAUCGGAUGAACGCUCCUCACUUCAAAAACAGCUUGCUCAACUCCGUGGUGGGUUGGAUGUUGAAAAAAUUCAUGCUGAAACUCAAACUGAGCAGAACUUACUUGAUGCUUCUACUCAAGUGGAUUGCUUGCAUGUAGCCGAAAAGGAAUGUCAGGUGAAUUCCGUAACGUGCUCUACUGACUGUGGUACACAAUCUGUCCAGGGUUUAACGCACAUGUUGGAGCUUAAGUGCACCGAAUGUGAUGAUUUACGGGCUAGAAUCGAUGCCCUUACUUUUGCUCAUCGAGAAGUUCUUUCAGCCGCUGAAGUAACGAAAAAUUCUCUGGCAGAUGAAGUUGAGAGAAGGAAGUUCCUUAGUGACGAUGCAGAAAAGUUGUCUUUGCAGUUGCGCUCUUUGCAGCAAAAGUGCAGUCAGCAGGCGGCAACUGAGAGAGAAUUACAGGCAAGAAUCACUCUGGUCGAGGAGCAAAAGCAGCAGUUGCGUAUGAAUUCCAUGAGCAUUGAACGCGAUAAAAGCGGCCUGGAAGAGCGGCUACAACAGUAUCAAAAAGACAUGGAACAACUUGUGGCAAAUAAAAACUACAGCAAUCAACAAGUAGGGCAACUCGCUAAUGAAAACGAAAGACUCCUAGCUGAGGUCCAGCGUCUACAUCAGCGUGAGGCGCAGCUGGCAUACUCUUUGAAGGCCAAGGAUGGAGAGUUGCGUGAAAUUCUUUCUGCGUAUCAAAAUGCUGUAAAGGAAGCGGAAUCGCAAGUGGAAGCUCAACGCACCAUAGAACGUGAAUUAGAAGCUACUCGUGCAACAUUAGCCUCUAAAGAACAAUGUAUAAUCUACCUACAAGAACAGUUAAAUCAAAUGCAUCAUAGAGAUCAACAACUUUCGUUGGACUUGCAGACGUUUGAAUACGAAAAUAGUCAACUUCAUCGCAGACUUGUACAAACAGAGGCGUUGAUAACACAAUUGGAAGCCAAGUGUAAUGAGCUGCAACAAGUUUCUUUGGCCAAGGACAGGACAAGUGAAGAGCUACAACAAAGCCUUGCUGAACUCAGCAAACAGGUUGCCUUAAAGGAAAAUGAAUGCAUGCUUCUUCGUCAUCGAUCUGAAUCGCUUCAGCGCGACCUCUCACGUCUACAAUCUGUUUAUGAAGCCGAGUCACAUCGUUUGAGGGAGCUGGAGAACGCAAACGCCCGUCUUAUUGUAAGGGGAAUGAUGAGUGGAGACAGCGACAAUGGGCCCAAUCCACUUCAUGCAGAGCUGGAGGCUACUAAAGAGGCAGUUCGAGAGAAGAGCGUAGCUCUUCAAAAUAUACAGGAGCAGUUGAGAAAAGAGAAGGAUGAAAGGGCAAAAUGCAUGCAAGCGUUGGAUGACGUGCAAGCCUCCUUGGAGGAGGCACUGCUUUCCAAGGAACGGCUACAGCAGGUGGUUUUGGAUCAAGCUGCCACCCUGUCUCAUUUGUCUCAGUAG